AUGCGACCAUGGGCAUUGGUGCUUUUGUUGGGGUGUUUGUCCAGUAUCAAGGGUCAUCGGCAAACAGAAAGCAUGUUGGCGCUCACGGAGGAUUCACCAGAGAGGUUCGAUCGAGGUGAGAAGGAGGAGGAGGUGAAGAGCAAGAUCUCGAAUUUCUUUGAGAGUGUGAGUGCUGCAGAGCCGAUGGGAGCAGAUCAAGAAGGAGUCAAGUCAACAACACAAGCAGGACGUACUCAAGACAGAACACGAGACCUUUGGCUCACGUCGGAGAGAGUUAUCCACAUGCAACCUGGCCAGAUAGGCCUUUGGCUUGACCUGAGCACCGGUAUGAUUCAAAAGGUCUAUGAAGGGACACAGGCUGAAAGGCUUGGCUUCCAGGUUGGCGACUACAUCACCAAAGUGGGAACUGCCGGGUUCAAUUUAGCAGCCUACCAAAAAGCUACCAAGCAGCAGUCGGGAGGCUAUGACAUAACGAUUGAAAGUCCUUCUCAAGUGGCGCGGGCAGCACAAUACACUUUGCUGUUCCUGCUCAUGCCGGCGGGAAUGGCGGGUUGUUUGCUUAUGUUGUUCUUGCCUUACAUCAUCUCUCAAGGCCUGUUUGGACCGGAUGUGGACAGCAAGACACUGACGCAACCGGCAGCGAUUCUGCUGUUUGGCACAAGUGUCGCCUAUGCUUUGGGGAUUUUUGGCGGGUUGUUUCUCAACUGGCGCUAUUCGGGUCUAGGGUACAAGAUGAAAAUAGUUGGAGAAACAAUAGGCUUUUCAGGACUUGUGAUGGGCUUGUGUUUCAACCGCUGCAAUGCUUUACUGAAAGUUAGGCUUCGCAGGGACACUGCAAGUGAGCUGAGAAGUGCAUACUCAGCGGCUUUAGUGCUUCCUUGCGGGGUUGCUUUGUUCAGGUUCGUUGGGCAACUGUGGCGAGUUUGGCCAGAAGCCAAGAGCCUGCGCUCGACAGCUCUCCUGCACGUAUUCUAUGGUGUGAGCGAUGUUCCGAAUGCAUUUCUAGUGCUCCUAUUCACUUCGUUGACUUCUGGGAUAUGCACGACAGCACGGCAGAGAAUGCUUGAGGUAAGUGAAGGACUCCCCUGCGAAGCAACACAAUUUGCAGAGUGUGUGCACAAACCCUGUGCCGAGCUUCUGCUGGACAUUCCUGCAAAUUUGGCUCCUUGUGGACUGCCAAUCCUACUUCUGAUCGUUGGCAUAGUGCCAGCCUUCUUCCGUUUCUAUGAAACGGCAAUGAACCUUGUUGUGUUGUCCAAGCUUGGGCGUGGGCUGCCACAGGACUGGUGUGAUCUUGGCUACCACGCCUUUAUGCUUGCAGGUUUCACAUUGGCUGCUGCCAUUGGGCCUCUUCAGCUCUCCUGGGCUCUUCGAGAUUUCCAGCGUCGACUCGCAGAUGCACGACGGCUUGACAGCAAUAUGCACGUGCAAGUACAGGCAGUCGAAGCCAUGCUGGCACAGGUGAACGAUGGGAAAGGCUGGGGGAUUCCCGUCUUCGAGGGCUUUGUCCUGACCAAGUCAGUCAUGCAAACGCUGUGCCUGCGCCUCCUGCUCGCUGGCACUGUAAUCAAGGCUUUCCUUGACACCGAGCUUGGCUUUCACCAGGAGGAGAAGGAGCGUUCUCGCACCCAGCUGGCAACAAUUGUGGACGGCUUGCACAAUAUGACCGGUCUCCUCAAGAACCAAUCCAUCAACCUUGCCAAGAUCUUAGACAACCAUACGCUCUGA